UGCAACUUUGCAAGCAAGCAUACACAUUAUCUCUCUUUCUAUCCUCAAUCCUUCGGUUCCCCAAUCUUUCUAUAUAUAUCUCCACACAUCUCUCUGUAUCUCAAUUUCUACUUAUAGUAAGAUAUGGAUUAUGUUUUGACCACCAUUUUAUGUUCCCCUCUCUUCUACAUUCUCUACAUUAUACUCAAGUUUCUUGAUAAAAAAAGGCAUCAAAAUUGUUACAUUCUAGAUUACCAGCUCUACAAGCCCUCCGAUGACCGGAAAUUAUCCACCGAGUUUUCCGGAGACAUAAUUAGGAGAAACAAAAACUUGGGGCUUAAUGAGUACAAGUUCCUUCUCAAAGCCAUUGUAAGUUCCGGCAUUGGUGAAGAGACCUAUGCCCCCAAGAUGGUGUUUGAGGGUCGAGAAGAAAACCCUACUCAUGAAGAUGCUAUUAACGAGAUGGAAGAGUUUUUUGAAGACGGUAUUGGAAAACUCUUCCAUCGUACUGGGAUUCAGCCAGAUAAUAUUGACAUUCUGGUUGUCAACGUCUCCAUGUUGACCAGUAUGCCAUCUUUAUCUGGUCGAAUUAUAAAUCGGUACAAAAUGAGGGAAGAUGUGAAAACAUAUAAUUUAUCAGGAAUGGGGUGUAGUGCAAGUUUAAUUUCAAUUAAUCUUGUACAAAGUAUAAUGAAAACAAAUAAAAAUAAAUUGGCAUUGGUUGUUACAUCCGAAUGUUUGUCUCCAAAUUGGUAUACGGGUAAUGAUCGGUCAAUGAUACUAUCAAAUUGUUUGUUUAGGUCAGGUGGGUGUGCCAUGGUCCUAACCAACAAGCCUAGUUUGGCUUAUAAGUCCAUGUUCAAGCUAAAGGUUAUGGUUCGGACCCACCACGGCUCAAAAGAUGAAGCCUAUGGUUGUUGUGUACAAACUGAAGAUACUCAAGGUCGCGUGGGAUUUCACCUAGGAAAAUGCCUUCCAAAAACAGCAACACGAGCAUUUGUCGAAAACCUAAAAGAAAUUGCACCAAAAAUCCUACCAAUGCGUGAACUCCUUCGAUUUGCAACCCUCUCAUUUGCCCGAAAAAUGCUUCAAAAAUUUUUGGGGAAAUCCUUUUAUCCUACUAGACCAAUGAUUAACUUCAAAACCGGAAUUGACCAUUUUUGUUUGCACACGGGAGGGAAAGCGGUUAUCGAUGCAGUGGCUCAAAGUCUGAGCCUGAGCCAGUUUGAUAUCGAACCGGCACGGAUGACCCUGCACCGGUUCGGUAACACAUCGGCUAGUAGUCUUUGGUACGUUCUUGGUUACAUGGAGGCUAAAAAGAGGCUAAAAAAAGGUGAUAAAUUAUUUAUGAUUAGUUUUGGUGCGGGUUUUAAAUGCAAUAGUUGUUUAUGGGAAGUGGUUCGAGAUCUUGAAGGUGAAGGGAAUGUAUGGAAAGAUUGUAACAUCGAAAAUUAUCCACCAAAAACAUUGGAAAAUCCUUUCUUGGCGAAAUAUGGCUGGAUUCAAGAUGAAGAUAUCACAACAUUCAAGUUUCCACAGGAAGAUUAAACAAAAUAAAUAAAUAAAAAGGAAAAGCAAAAGGUCUCAUUUUUUCCCCAUUAAAUCAUUGUUUUAUUUAUAGCAAAAAUAUUUGAAUAUUUUUUCAUGUUUAUAGUAUAGUAUUGUGCAUGUAUUUAUUUUGGUGGUUGUGAUGUUUGUUCUUUUAUCAUGGAAAGGAACAAAAAGAAAAAUGUACAAGUUUGCUACCUUCAAAUUCUUUUACUUCUAAAUA